ACCAGGAAACUUUCCACCAGUAAACUUUCCACCAGUAAACUUUCCACCAGGAAACUCUCCACCAGGAAACUUUCCACCAGGAAACUUUCCACCAGGGAACUUUCCACCAGUAAACUUUCCACCAGUAAACUUUCCACCAGGAAACUCUCCACCAGGAAACUUUCCACCAGUAGACUUUCCACCAGGAAUCUCUCCACCAGGAAACUUUCCACCAGUAAACUUUCCACCAGGGAACUUUCCACCAAGGAACUUUCCACCAGUAAACUCUCCACCAGGAAACUUUCCACCAAUAGACUUUCCACCAGGCAGCUCUCCGCCAGUAAACUAUCCACCAGUUAAUGCUCCGUCAUUUCCUUUCCAGACACCAUCUACUCCUUACAGAGAUUCAGUGCCACCAUUUUAUGAUCCAGGACCAUAUUCUCCAUCAACGUUUCCACAAGCAUUUCCACCAACGAUGUAUCCGCCGGUUCCUUCAAUGCCAACACCUGCUACCUACCAAAAUAAUGUGUUUCCACCGUAUUACAAUCCAGGACCGUAUUCUCCACCAGUGAUGCAGCCAUCAGUUCCUUUUGGACCACAAGCACCAGCAACUGGCUCAAAUAACAUGAUUCCACCAUAUUAUGGCUACUACCAUUCCAAUUCUUGGUACCAUCACUCAGCACCAGCACCCCAUGUUAAUGUCCCAGCAUCUAUAAAGAAAGAAGCAGCAAACCUAACAUACCCUCCUGAUGGAGAAAAGGGAGAGAACAACAGUGAUUGGUUAGUAAAAGGCUUCGACUGGCCAGGAUGGCAAGUCGUGGCAACAAAUACCUCUGAGGUAGCACUCCUGAAAAAGGGUUUGAAAGAGACUGUUGAAGACGCUGGUCAGUCCUGGAAAGUAGUGGUGUCAAAACAUUUCAAGGAACAAAAGAAAUUAUUGGGCUUUUUAAACAAUUUAAAAACUGACUUCAACAAGUGCAAGUGUGUAAUAGCUUUGACCAAAUGGUUCGAAGCGAUUGGUUUGUCCUCCAAUUUUGGAACUUACUUUAAGAAUUGGCUCAACGAGAUUGUAAAACCAGAUCACGGAGGUAACUUGAAUAAUAUCUGGAACUCUCAACAUCAACAUCAACAACAAUCCCACUACAAUACUCCAGGAUAUCAUGGAGAUCCUUAUCUGAUGUAUCCUUACUCUAUGAACAGCCCAAACUAUUUCAGUAGUAACCCAUAUGCACCAAAUGUGAACAAUGUGUAUGGGAGUUGGUCAGCUGGGAUAUCUUAUCCUUUGACUUCUAUGUCUAACUCACUGUUUGGUACCAUUUAUCCCAACGUGGAUACACCAUAUAAUAAUCCACAUCAACACCAGUGGCCUGCUUCAGGUUCUUAUCCAAACGGGAGUCCAUUUUUCGAUGCUGCUUCCCAAGUUGAUAAAAAACCAGUUUCUAUUACCCAACAGAAUUCUAGUACGACCAACACUAAUCCUUUGAAUGUCUCAGUAACAUUCGAUCUAAGACAGUUUAAUGUUUCAAUGUGCAAGAGCACGGUAACAAAGCAGCAUCCUGUAACUCUUGAAGAUUUACUAACAAAAGCAUCUCAAACGAAUAGCUGCUUUACAUUUACAACUGUUAUCUACAUCAAUAAUGCUCGAAGAGAAGGCAAAUAUCUGGAUAGUAUCAAUGGUAUAUCUGUGACCGAUACCACAACCUGGAUCAUUUCUAAACGGAAUGGAGCCUCUGAUUUAAAUUUGGAUUUUGAGCCCGCAUCUGGUGACUACUUCAUUAUUAACAACACCAGCGUUUAACUGAUUGCUACCCAGAAAAAGAAUUAAAAAUUUACAAAAAAUAUAUAUAUAAAUAUAUUUCCUGUAGGAAAUAUAUUUGUGUUUAUUUUUAAAAAUUCUUUUCUUUUUUUUAAUCCAAUAAACGUCUUUGGUCUUAAAA